UCUUGUUUAAUCAUUAUUUGUUUGUGUAUAGUAUUUAUUCAAUGAUCCUAGUUACCAGUAUUUAAUCAAUAGUCCUAGGCAACAUAGAAUGUGUGUAUUGAACAAAACGUACGCAGAUAAUACACAUUAACACGACUUCAAUAGGCCACCAAAAAUUCUUUUAUGUUCUAAGUCCCGCUGUAAUAUUUGAUUGUAUACAUCAAAUGAAGUAGGUAUUUUGGAAUCUGGUAAUUUUCACAUCGAUAGAAAUUACCUAACAUUAACGUGCUAUGAAAUUUAACAGUAGUAUACCCUUAAAUACACUUUUAGCAUAUAAAAACAAUGAAAACUUGGAACGGAACCGAAAAAUUAAAUCAGAAGAUUUCGACUGGGAUUCUAAUCAUCCACUUUCUCUAGUGUGUAUAUGUAUACAAAAAUUAAGUGAAAAUUGGCUUGGUGCACCGCAAUUGGAACAACUAGUUGCUAAAGAUCGCGAAUUCUUUCUAGAAAUUUUGAAUACUGACGUACCGCUGCAGAUUUUAGUUGACAAUAUCAAAAGUGAUAUCUUUUGGAAAAGAUGCUAUAAUUCAAAAUGGUCAGAUUCUCCUGUAAUAACAGUGGAAAAGAAAUGGAUAAACAUUUUCAUGGAACGUCAUUAUGCAGACAUAUUAGAAAAUUUGAAUCCUCGUCUAUAUGAUCCUGAGAAGAUAACUACCUUAGUAAAAUUAUGUGGACCCUACAUACAAUCGUUGGCAAUUCGCAGCUUAGUUCCAUCUGAUAUUCCAGUACAAAGAAUCACGUCUCCUGAAAUGGCUGAUUUAAUUACUAGUCAAAGAGUUAAAAGCGACAAGCCUUUACUAAAAAAGGGGGAAGCGCUAUCAAGAGACCAUAUAUCUCUACAUGCAGCCAUAGGGAGUUUAACAAGUUUAAUCGAACUACAUAUCACAUAUCAAUUGAAAUAUACAGGAACAGAUUAUCGUAGAGAUCAAUUCCAGUUUACUAACAAUGAUGCUAAAAAUCUAGCACGCGGUUUAGAAAAAUCUAACCAGUUAAAAGUCUUAAGAAUCACCAGAACUGAUAUGAAUUGUCAUAGAGUAAAAUAUAUUCUUCGCGGUUUAUCUGAUAACCAGAAUAUAGAAACUAUAGACUUCAGUCAUUGUAAAAUUGGAGACGAUGGAUCAUGUUCCUUAGGAAAAUUUAUAGCUCGACAUAAUAAACUAAGGAAUCUAAUACUAAUAGAUAAUAAUUUUGGGCCAGCUGGAGCUGAACAUAUUUCACAUGCUCUUAAUCACCCUACCUGUGGAAUUCGGAAUCUGGACCUUAGACUCAAUAAUAAAUUAGGUUCUGAGGGAAUAGCACAUAUAGCUGUAUCUAUAGCAAGAGGAUGCAAUUUAAUCUCAUUGAAUAUUUCUGGUUGUGGUAUUAAAUCAGGGCCACUAUCAAAAGCACCCGCAGGUGUCUGGUCAGCUACAAGUGCUGAAAAUCCACCAAGUUGUGGAGACUUAUUAGCAAGAGCUAUUGGAUUAGUGAAGACACCAUUAAGAUCUUUGGAUAUCAGUGUAAAUGAUAUUGGUUCGCCCAGUGAUAGUACUCUAUCCAAUGCAAUUUGCUUAAGCUAUAUAGUAGAUAUUAAUUUAAAAAGAUCAGGCAUGGGACCUAUCGCAAUGGCUAUUGCAGAAGCAGCCGCUGCAGCUCAGAGACUUAGACGGGAAGCGGAAAAAGGAAUUAGAUUUCGUCGAAGUGCCAGUAGAGUAUUACAAGCUCGCAGAGUAGCUAAAUGCAUGAAUAUUGAUGCAGAUCCAAUAUUGUUAGCUCAACAAUUGUCAGCGCGACCUUCAAUUGUUUCUGUUGCAUCAGAAGAAGGUGUUUACAGUGUACAAACACAACCUUUACCUUCGGAUUUUGGUUUCGUACCUGCUAUAAAAAGCCCUCUGCAAUCAUCUCGUGCUUCAUCUACUACUGGGCCUCCAACAUCCCGACGAUCUAGUCACCACAUGAUUUUAGAACCUGUGAAGGAAAUACGUCGAACCGCUCUAGUGAGACGAGGAUCCGAUGGUUCUUUACUAAAAUCUCGCAGAGCAACCUUUGAAAGACAUAUCAAAAUUUUUGUUUCUACCGAGAAUGACGAUUUGGAAGAUAUAUAAUAUAAUAUUACUUGCACAUAACAUAAAUAUUGUGACUAACCCCCAUCUCGGCUUUGGCCUUUCGUUGUUUGGACGAUAGUCUUGUACCCCUGAGACUGCCGCCCACAUAGAGCCGCGCUAAGCUCGUGACUAUAAAACAGGCAGAGCUGCGGCAGCCAACAACGCGAUGCUUAACGGCCGGUCGGGCUCUACUGAACCCUUAUUCCAACCUACGCUGCCUCUCUCGUCGGGCUAUUUGCCAUCAUUGCCCAGACUCUACCAGCCCCAAUCAUUCCCAAGAAUGAAGAGGAGUCUAGAAAAGGCUGGGACCAACGUAGAGGUUACCCAACUCACACUCCACAACUUAAAUCAAAAUUUAUUUUAUAAUUGCAAUACAAAAUUAUUUCACAACA